ACAAGGGAUUUCGUUUUGUUUCGUUUCAUUUCAUUUCGUUUCCUCCCGUUCGUCGAAGCCCCGGCGGAGAGGCGAGGUGAGCUUUCUCGGAGAGGGGACCUCGCGCCACCAGCCGCCCGAGCUUCCCGCGCCAUGGAUCCCAUCAUGAAGCUACUCGAGGACGACGAGGAUGAGAGUCUGCACUCGGGUGCCGACGUCGAGGCCUUCACGGCGGCGCUGAACCGCGAGGUGGAGGCCAGCGCGAGCGCCAGCGCCAGCACCAGCACCAGCGUUCCCGCCGGCUCCUCGUCCCAGCCCACGGAUCACGGUGCUGGACUUUUACCUCAGGAACACAAGUCACUAUUAAACCAUGAUCCUGGUCAGUGGCAAGAUCCUGUAAAGAAUGAAAUUGUAAACCAGGAGAGUCAGCAACAGGAACAGACACAUGCAUUUAGAAAUGAUCACCCGUCAAGACCUGAAAUGGUUUCUCAAGGUUCUAAUAACUGCCCCCUUCCCACUAAUACACCAAAAGAAUGUGAUUUACUGAAGGCAAAACAAGAACCUGGAAGUACAUCUCAACAAGGUAUUGUUGCUCAGCAUCAGCCUAUGCAGCAAAUGAAGAGUGAACAAACACCAAUUGUCAGUCAGCAGCAGUCGAUGCAGCAAAUGAAGAAUCAACAAACACCAGUCACAAACCAAACAAAUAGUGCAACUACAACAGCAAAAGCUCCAGUUGUUACAUUUCACAUGUUAAUUCCAAUUUUGAGUCGCUACCUAGACAAAGCCAGGGACAUAGAAGUGCAGUCCAUUUUCGCCAAGUUGCGGAAAAAUGAAGUCAGCAAGGAAUACUUCUUAAAAACUGUAAGGAAUAUUGUUGGUGAUAAAUUGCUUAAGCAAGCUGCUUCACAAUAUCAAAUGCAGGCACAACGAAGCCCUCAGACAAACCCAAGCAACUAUUCUUUAUCAGGUCAAGUUUCUGGUCAGCAGACUGCUCCCAGUGGUUCUGUGACAGGAGAUGAACAGAAGGGAUAUCCAGGGGCUCACACCAUCCCUAUGAGACAAGCUAUUGCCAGCACUCGACCACCUCAAUUUCGGCCUUCCUCGUCUGGCCAAAUGCGGAGUAAUACGGGUUAUCCACCUUCACAAACCAAUUUGCAUAAGGCUAAUGAAAUGGGAAACAUGUCAGAUGGGAAAGGGGUCCAUAUGUUACAAACUCGUCCACCCAAUAACUCCAUACCAGUACAAACAAUGCAGCAUCAUGUGCAGCGACCACAAACAUCUUCACCAGUGUUUGGGGCAAAUAGUAUUCAUGCACGUCCAUUUCCGCGGCCACUUGGAGGUCCAGCUGCACCAUUUAGACCACAAAUGGCAGAUUCCAAUCCAAAAGCACAAUUGAUUCAGGGAGCUGUGACCACAGUAUCUGGGAGUGUGCCAACACGAUCCAUAGUGUCUGGAAAUGCGCCAGUCAAUCAAGCCUUGGGAUCUUCAAAAGUCAGUGCUGGCAUGGAAAGCCAGUCACAACAAUUGAGUGCGCCUAAGCCUUUAGCUGCAACAAGCUUAAGUCAGACUCAAUCUCAUGGCAUUCAAGAAGAGCCUAAAAUUCAGAUCCAAUCUUCUGUGCAAGCACCUCCUGCAGCAGCUUCUAAAACACCUCAGAGGAAGGCAUCUUCUGGACAGAAGAAGCCUUUGGAAGUCUUAGGCUCAUCCCCUCCACCAUCUAGCAAAAAGCAGAAGGUAUCUGGGGGUUUCCAUGAACAAAGCAUUGACCAGCUUAAUGAUGUCACUGCAGUUAGCGGUGUUAAUCUGAGGGAAGAAGAGGAACACCUUUUCUCUGCUCCAAAGGAAGAGGGUCGAGUUUCAGAAGUUGCUCGGAAAGUUGUUCAACUAGAAGAAGAAAAGCUCAUUCUGCAGAAGGGACCUCUGACCCAAAAAUUAGCGGGAAUCAUGAGUAAAUGUAAUUUGAAGGUCAUUGGCACUGAUGUGGAACGCUGUCUGUCCAUGUGUGUUGAGGAGAGGUUACGGGGGUUUAUAAGAAGUAUAAUAAGGUUCUCUAAACAGAGGGUUGAGGUUGAAAAGUCAAGACAUCAUUUUUAUCCAUUAUCCUCAGAUGUUCGCAGUCAUAUUAUGAGAGUGAAUCGAGAAGCAAGAGAACAGUGGGAGAAAAAGCAGGCUGAAGAUGCUGAGAGAAUUAGGAAACAAAAUGAUGGAGAUGGCAAUGCAAAUGUUGAUCUUGAAAAAGACAGAAUCGAGACCCGUGGUUUGUCAAAGCAUGCAAAGACUUACAAGGAGGACGAUGAUAAGAUGCGAACUACAGCUGCAAAUGUUGCUGCACGAGUUGCAGCGGGGGGAGAUGACAUGCUGUCAAAGUGGCAAUUACUAGCUGAACGGAAUAAGCAGAGAAGUGAGGGAGGUGAUGGUUCUUCUGGCUCUGUACCAGGUAACAUGUUGCAACACAGGCCAUCACUGAAAUCUGGGAAAGACUUAAGGGAAGAACAUGAAGUUGAAAAGAGAGGAUACUCCACAAUGCUUGGAUCUGAAAUCAACCAAUUGGGAUUCUGAAGGCACAUAUUGAAGAUCAAUAGUCUUCUGGUGACAAUGAGACCGAGUGAAUGAUGCAUCAACACCAAUAUGUUUAGUAAGUUCAUGCUUCAUAGGAUCAUGAGAAAUAUGUAUAGCACCCAUGUUGUCACAUAAAAGAGGUUAAGGAGUGUCAUAAGUGUUGAGUUUGUGAUCCAAAUUCUGCAUAUAGAGACCGUGUUGGUGAGUGGAGCAGAGUCCCGGCUUGGGCCGAAGGUGGCUUGGCGCUCGAGACCUGGCAGGCUCGGCCUACGGCCCACGAUCUUGAAGACGACCACGACGAGCGAACGAUGCACACGCGAGGUAGAUGAGGCGAGGCAGAGGCAGGUCGACCGACGACUUUCGCGACGACAGUCGUGAAGAUGGCCGCAACAUAGGCGUGAAAUCAGGCCGCAACAGCGUCCGAGAAAAUUUUGGCUGGAAUUGGGGGCGUGAUUAGAGAUCCUAAUUCUAACCUUGCUCUGUUACCAUGUUACUAACCAUGGGAUUGAUGAUUGAUGCUCUGUCCAUAGGGACAACAUGCUCUGUUCAUAGGGACAACAGUAUUAUAUAGAGGCCAACAAGCCUUAGCAAUAGGAUGGGCCUAAUGGGCCUUAACACAGCAUAGUUUUUUCAGAACAUUACAGAACAUAAAUUUUGUUUCUGUUCAAUUGCAAUUAUUUUUAUUUUCUUGAAGGAAUUUGUCUAAGGUAUAUGUUAAUUGGCAAGUUGCAGAUGUAGAAUUUAUAAGCUUAAUGUGCAAAACAUCUGUAUGCACUGCUAUUUAGGUCAUCCCUUGAUUUUUGUUUAAAUGUUGUGUACACGUAUCUAUUUUUAAAAUGUUAGUGAUGUGCCACUCUACCAACGCUAAUUCAGUAAAAACUAGAAAUAUUCUUUAAAAUGACCUCAUUUCAAAUUCAAUAGAACCUAAGAUGACAAUAACAUUCCUGUGUUUAUCAGGGUACCACCAAACUAUCUCAGGCCUUGUUUAGAAGCAACUUAGUUUUUAAAUAUCCAGUUUUAUCUCCAGUUUUUAGAAACUGGUUUACGAAAAAAACUAGGUUACGGUGUUUGGAACCACCUCAGUUUUCAUAAACUGGGUUUAGCUAGGCAAGUGUAGUUUUUUUUUAUUUUUAAGAAAUUGAGAAUCCAGUUUCUAGUACGUUUGGAACCAUCUCAGCUUUCAUAAACCAGUUUUUUAAAAACUGGGUGCUUUCAAACAUGCCUUUAGUCAAUGAAACAACUUGUCAAAAUAUAAACAAGACAGAAUGUACGAUAUGAAUAAAUUUAUUUUAGAUACUGAAUUUCUAGGUUAGGUAAUACAGAGUAAUAUCUACCAUGCAUGCACUAGUUUGUUUUCUUAGUCAU